CUAAAGCUGGAGAAGGUGUUGCUUUGAUUUCAAUUAAUAACAUCCAUCAGUUUGGAAAGACUGAUAUGGACAUUUUAAACAAUGUUAUUGAAGAAUAUAAUAUUCCCGAAGAAUUUCACUAUGCUCUUUUAAAUCGAAUUCGAAUUGUUACCAGUAUUACGUCAACCGAAUCUCGACGAAAAUUCUUAAUAAUAAGAACACUUGCUAUUGCUAUUAUGGCUCAUGUCAUCCCCGAACAUAUUGCCCAAUCCAAAUUAUUUUUAUACGAACCUGAUAUCGUUGCAAAUCUUGCCGAGUUUGUUCAUCCAGAUAGAAAUAUACCAAUCGAAAUCCAAACAGUCGCAUUUUAUGCAUUGGAUGGAAUCAGUCGAUAUCGUUCAAAACUUGGUGAAGUAUUAUCCGCCAUUAAUGCGGCAGCUAAUCACGGUAUUUUGCUUUACGUGUUGCGGAGAGUAAUUGCCGAUCUGGAUAGCGAAAAUCAAUAUUAUGACGCGGUAUUUGCUUUAAUUUCCUAUUUUAUCACUUCACAAACCGGUGGAACUAUGUUGAUUUCAGCAGGAAUAGUUCCGACCUUGUUACAAUUGUUAAACAAUAAAAAUCCACAGCAAUCUAAGAAUAUAACAAAAGUUGUCAGUAUAUUGGACAGCCUUGUGUAUGGAUUCAACCCUUCAUUUACCUCAUUCUGUAACGCUAAUGGAGUUCGUAUAUUGGUACAAAGGAUAAAUGAAGAAGUUGAUUUUGGUAUCCAGUUAUUAGGUGACAAUCAUGGAGACUUUAUGGAAGAUGUAACGAUUGCAGGGUCUUCAACCACAGCGAAUCCACCAGUUACUGAACCUGCAAUCACCGAAAUUACUCUUCCUUAUGAAAAAUCUUCUUUAUUGAAGUCUAUGUUUAAAUUUGUUUUACAUAUGAUGCAAUCAGCUGGUACUGCUGAUGGAUUGCGAAAUCUCAUCGACACAUCUCUUCCAGAUUCAAUUAAAAAGGUCUUUGAACAACCUAAAGUAUUCGGAAGCAGUAUAUUUGCACUUGCAAUCAAUAUUAUUGCAACUUUUAUUCACAAUGAACCGACUUCACUUCCAAUUAUGCAAGAGGCUAAGCUUCCACAAACUUUUUUAAAGUCUAUCGUAAAAGAAAUUCCUGCUUCAGUGGAUGUAAUUCAAUCUAUUCCUAACGCAUUCGGUGCUAUAUGCUUGAAUUCACAAGGAAUGGAAAUUUUUACUCAGAUGAAUCCGAUAGACAAAUUUUUUUCAAUUUUUACAUCAACUGAACAUUUGCGUUCUCUUCAAGAUGGCGACGUUGCGUCAGUGUUGGGUACAAAUAUUGAUGAAUUGAUGAGACAUCAUCCGAGUUUGAAACCAAAUAUCAUGAAUGCAAUAAUGACUACACUUCAGCGUAUAUUAGAACUUGGACGGAGUGAUUCCACUAUGGUUAAUGAUGAUACUAAUAUAUUACAUUCUGGGACGGAUGAUGAUCCCGUUCAACCAGAAAAACGAGUGGAAUCUGAGUCAACCGAUAUUACUAUGAGUGAUGUUGAUUCUGUUAAACCUGAAGAGAAAAAAGAGAAUAUUAUUGUUUCGUUUAUUGAAAUUGCUGCAAAGUUUUUGGAAGGUCUUUUCCAAACUCCAAACCAUUGCAAAGAUUUUCUCAGACAAGAAAACGGGUUAAAUAUUAUUCUUAAAUUCUACGCAUUACCAACAGUCCCAUAUGAUUUUGCAAGUUCGCAAGCCUCAUAUUCUCUCUCUCAUUUAAUGAGAGUGAUUGCUGUUGUUGAUUCAAAGAGAAGCGUUACAGCAAUUAUUAGUGCACUUAACGAAGCAUUCCAAGGAGCAACAAAUUUCCUAAAUCAUGACGGAAAGGGUGGUCUUCUCGCUGAUUACAUUGAUCUCAGAACAAACGAUGCUGCUAAAGUUGAAGAAGCCAACAAAACCUUCAGAUCAUUAAUAACUUUACACGGUUAUAUUGGACUACUUUCUGAUGUCUAUUGCACACCAGUUUUCUCUCACGGGAAAAAUGCGUCAUCUGUAAUUGAAGCUUUCGUUGGAAGCGACAGCGAAGUAAUACCUUCACUAGGAAAAUUGCAUCGAACGUGUGUUUGGGAGAAUGUUAUCUUAAAAUCAUCUGUACCAAAGUCAUGGUAUGCAUCACAAUCAAAACCAAAAAAACCGUUUAGUCUUCCUGAAAUUUCAGCGAUUUCGGCAUUAUUGGACGAAAGUGACAAAGAUAUAACUGAUGCAAAUGAACCUCCCGUUGACCAGAAUAAUCGUCAAGUAAAAAACGCAAAAUAUUUUAAAUUUUUGGUGUCUCAAAUUCCUUCUUGUUUGACUCCAUUAUUUCAAGGUUUGGCCAAAAUGCUUUUCACACGCAAACAACCAGAUGCGAGCCAAAAAGCAUUGGCUUUCAAAGUAUCCAACUCUAUUGCUGAGGUCCUUCCCCUUGAUAGCGAAACUGAUUCUACAAAUAAGUACAAUUACCUCACCGUCAUGCUUGGACUUCUAUCAUUACUAUUUCUUGAUGAACGAAAUCAAAUAUCUCUUCAGACAAUGCUAGUUCUCUCGUUUGUUGAUAAAGCUGAUGGGUUGGAAUGUGUAUUCACACUCUUACGACAGUUCUGGGAAGAAGCAGAGGCUAUUAAAGCUUUUGAAGAGUAUUCGACUAUUGAAGCAGAUGACAAAUCAAAAAACAAACUUACAAGAAUUCACGGAUGCAUCGAAGUUACACUUAAUUUCUUUCAAUUUGUGGCUUCAUCUAAAUUUCUACACGAUUCAGCUCAAACAACUUCCAUAACAUCAAAAGAUCGUGAGCCUCGUUUCGAUCCCUUCGAAUUUCUCGUGAAUGUUCGAGCAAAAAUCCUUCCUGUAAUUCAUGAACUUUGGUUAAGUUCUUAUUUGACGAAAGCUCCACCAAAUAUUUUAAGAUCUGUUGUACAAAAUUUAGUUCAAAUUUUAAAAGCUGAAGGAGAAGUGAAUCAACGACCAGAAGGAUCUAGUAAUUUAUCAGCUCCAUCUUCAUUGUUUGGAAGAAGUCUUAUUCCAGAUGAAGACAGAGUUCAGCAGUUAAUUGAUAUGGGAUUCCAACGUUCUAACGCAGAAACAGCGCUUAUAAGAUGUAAUAAUCAUGUCGAAACGGCUGCAGAAUAUUUAUUGACUCAUCCACACACAAUAGCAGCUACAAUAUUUUCCGAAGCUCAAACGGUCGAAACUGGUCGUGAUUCAACAAACAAUACAGCUACUACUGUUGGUAAUGCACCAGCUGAAACAAAUACCAUCACUGGUUCAAAUUUUGAUAUUACUGGAGUUUCUGGCGAUGACGACGAAGAAAUAUCCGAUAAUGAUGAAGGUAAUAUGGAACAUGCAGAUGUUUUAGCUCAGGCGUUGGCAUUAUCAAUGCAAGAUGGUCAAACUGCGGAACAAUCUAACACUAGUGAGACAACUGUUCCUAUGGAAACAGAACCUACUACUUCAAAGAAAAGCGACAAAGGUAAAGGAAAAGAAGUCGCUUCUGUAGAUCAAUUUAAAUCUCUUAGAGAAGAACUAAAAGCAAAUGCAGCUAAUAGAGCUAUUGAAUUAUUGGAUCAUGUUGAAGAAGUUAUUUUUGAAGUAAAAGAUUUAUUUGUCCUUCUAAGCAAAGAUAAUGUUGAGAAAACUAUUGAAUUGGUAAUAAAAAGUGUUGAGCAUGCUCGCGGACAAUCUGAAGAACUACGCAAAAAAGCUUUAAGCUCACGAUUACGUUUAUUGGCUUUGUUACUAAACGAAACGAGUAUUCAAGGAAAAAUCUCUCAUUUACCAUUCAAUAUAUUUUCAGAAAUGUUAUCCAUGAUUGCUGAACAAUCCUCGCAACCUUCUGAAAGUAGUUUACCUAAAUGGUUAGCACCAGCUUUGUUAGUUAUAGAAUCUUUUAUAUCUUUAUCAGAUGAACCAACAAGUGUAGAAUUAAAUCUGUUACAAUCUAAACUUGAAGAAUCAGAAGCGAUUGCCACGGAAAAUAAUUCUUCACCAACAGAUAAACAUCGUUCAAAUUUACUUGAAUACUGUUUAUCAUUCAUGAAACGUAAAGAUCUUGACAAAGAUAUUGUUAAUUCAUUACUUCGAAUCUUGGUGCGAUUAACUCGACGUCAUCUUGAUGCAACCGAAUUUGUUAAUAAGGACGGAUUAUCAUUACUUUUUAAUGCUUUCAAACCACGAGCUCAUGAUUUUCGUGGACAACAAAUAUUCAUUGUUAUGAUAUUGCGACAUGUAAUAGAGGAUGUUUUUGUGUUAGAAUCAAUUAUGGAAAGAGAAAUCAAAAACUGGUUUACAAAUCAUCGACCUCGGGUGAUUGAUAUCAAUGGUUACCUUCGAAAUACUGCGCAGUUUGCAUUGCGAAAUCCUGAACUAUUUGUUCAAUCCACAAAGAAACUUUGUAAAUUAACAAGGUAUGAACCUGGUAGAAGUAGUCAGCAUCAAAUAACCUUGAUUAAACAAGAACCUGAGGAUACUAGUAAUACAACGAAUAAGGAUAAUACCGUUAAUGAAGAAGAAAUGACGGAUGCAGUACCUUCAACAUCAACAUUUGAAUCGCCUAAAAAAUUAUCUUUUGGAUCCGAAGUUGCAGAAAAUUUAAUUCAUUUCAUAGCAAAUGAAUUGAUUUCUAUACGUAAUAUUCAAACUACUGUACUUCAAGAAUCAAAGCCAACUGAUACUACACAUGAACAACAAAAGAAUACCGAGUUUGUUAAUUCCGUUAUUACAAAUAAUAACGAUGCCAUCAUUACUAACAAUACUAACAAUGCUAUUAAUAUUAUGGGACCUACUCAACCACCCUUUAAACCUGAAGAACAUUUGGAUUAUUUAUGUCGUUGUUUCUUGCUUCAAUGCUUGACAGAAUUACUCUCUUCAUAUCCAUCAUGUAAAACUGAAGUCAUAAAUCUCUCCCGUAGAAGGAACAGCGUUGGUCCCGGUACUCCGUUUAAAACAAAAACUCCUUUAUUGAGUUAUCUUUUAAACGAUUUAUUACCAUAUGGAUGUAUUACAUCCUCGACCGAUAUCGAAAUGCGUAAGCGUUAUGGACAAUCUAAAUGGACGACUUCUGUCAUAGUUGCUUUAUGUUCAAAUAUCAGUAAUGAUGUUGAUGAAAAGAAAGUUCAACAUGAAUUGGUACAAGUUCGUAAAUUUGUUUUGGAUGGUAUAAUUCGUUCAUUUAAGUAUGCCAUUUCAUCAUCUGAUCCUAUUGAAACAAAAUAUGGAAGGCUUUUGGCUUUGGCUGAAUUAUGUUAUGCAAUCCUAACCGCACGUACAAAUCCAAGUAAUAAUGCAAACAGACCUAUUGAUGAUGGACCUGCUAGUGUUGCUAAGUUAAUGCUUGAUAAAAAUUUUGUGAACACUUUAACUGAAGCUCUUUCAGAAGUAGAUUUAAAUUAUCCAUCAGCAAGGAUUUUGAUAAGUGCUUUAUUGAAACCAUUCGAAUUUUUAACAAAAAUAGCCAUAAAGUUGGGUCGUGCGCCUGAACCUUCUAAAGAAGAACAAGAACGUCGUAAAAGUAUUUCUUCCAUCUCGACUCCUUCAGCUGAUGAAAUCACACAAGAUGCACCUGAUUUGUAUGCAACUUCUGUACUCGGUGCUCUUGAAGGUAGAAUGGAAAGUGAUGAAAUGGAGGAUGAAGAGAUUAGCACUUCGGAUGAACAAGUAUAUAACGAUGACGAAUAUGACGAAGAGACCGGUAGUGAUGUUAGUGACGUUAGUGAUGAUAAUGACUUAAACGGAAGUGGUGGCGGUGAUGGAGACGAUAUGGACGUAGAAAUAGUCGUUCGGCAACCAUUGCAUGGUCAUUCAACAAUGUUAGAUAAUCAAAACGAUAAUAAUGACUCCGAAAAUGAAGAUAACAAUCUAGCUCAACAUUUAGAACAUGAUGAUGAUUCAGACGAUGAUCACCCUGUUCGUAUUCGUCAAGAUGGAGCUGAUCAAGAAAUGUGGGAUGUUCACGAUCAAGUUAUUAUAGACCGGGGUGAUAUUGUCGAAGAAGCCAUUGAUGAUGCUGAAGGACACCAUCAUCGACAUCGUAGACAUGGAGGAUUUGGUGAAAAUGAUGUGGUAUUAGAUAGUGGUGAAAUUCACGAUGGAUAUGUGGAUCGUCUCAAUUUUAAUUGGGGAUGGAAUCAACCCGGUUCACUCUUUAUGAAUGAUGACGAUUUUAUUCCGGGCCGUCCAAGUCGCGCCUUAUUUAGCUUUGGUAAUAGACGUCAUCGACAUAUUCCCGGUGGUCGUCGUGCUAUUUUAGAAGUUCCACCGGAAGGUCUCGACUAUGUAAUAGGUGAUUCUGUUGGUUAUGGAUUUAAUUUUGGCACAAAUGAUGAAGUUGAUAUUCCCGGUAUCGGCAGAAAUAGACCAAUGCCCGGCGCUAGCGAUGAUGUUACUACACAUCCUUUACUUGUUAACAGAACAUCGAACCUUCCUAAUAUCUCUGGAACGAGUGGAGUAGAAUUUGUAAGAGGCAGAAAUGUCCGAAAUGGACCAUUAAGUGACUGGACACAGUCCAUUGAAGAACUGAUAGGUGGUGGUGCUGCUCAAUUAAUAGAACAAUUGUUAACUAGAAGUCGUGGUUUAGGACAUUCCACUUACAGACUUGAAUUAAAUACAGGUUCGGGAAGUUUAAUUAGUGGUAUCGAAGUUGACCGAAUAAUUCCUAGAUCAAUAACAAACGCUCAAGAUAAUCAAAAUGUUACCUCUCCGAGUGAUCCAAUUACAGCAGUUCAAGAAUUUAUGCCAGUGUCGACUGGACAAAGAUGGUAUGACGAAGCUCGAAUGAUGUACGGUAAUUCUGUAUCUGAAAAGGCUACAAAACUAGUUAAUCAUAUAUUAAACGGAUUAAUUCCCCUUGCAUUGGAAGAAGAUAAAAAGAAAAAAGAGAAAGAAGAGAGAGAACGCGAAGAAAGAAGAGUCCGUGAAGAAGAAAAUCGAAGAAAAGCAGAAGAAGAAAGACAAGAAUUAGAAGUCACAACAAAAGCUAGGGUUGAAGGUUUAGAAGCUGAAGCCGCUUCUCGAGUUGAAGGUUCACAAAAUGUAACAGUUGAUCAAUCAAUGGCUGAAGGUACCACAGAACCUGAAGAAGUUAUUGAAGUAACUGAAACAACUGAAAUUAUUGAACUUGGAGAUGCCAUGUUAGAAGAUGCCCCUGAAACCAGAACUGAAGAAGAUCCUGAUGCUAUGGAUGCUGAACCAUCUCCGGCGCCUGAAAUUUCACUUGCAACUUCUGAUAAUAAUCCAGCCAUGGAGGAGGAACCGACUACCAUAGAAGGUACUACUACUAUUACACAAACCUCUCAAGCAGCGGUUGAAGGAACGACUGAAGGUUCAAAUGAAACUCAAGUUGCAAGGACGACUGUAGUGGUCAACGGUCAAACUAUAGAUAUUACAGAUACUGGAAUUGACCCAACUUUCCUUGAAGCGCUUCCUGACGAAUUACGUGAAGAAGUUAUAAACCAACAUUUACCUCCGGAGAGAAGAAACAGACCUCCAGUAAGCGGUGCAGGAGAUGCUAUUAGUAAUGAAUUUUUGGAAGCCUUACCUGAUGAUUUACGAGAAGAAAUUCUUCAACAAGAAGCAGCAGCUCUUGAACAAGAAAGAAGAGAACGUCAACGAAAUGUUGAACCUGUUGCCGCUGACAUGGAUACUGCAAGUUUCUUUGCUUCAUUGGAUCCUCAAUUAAGACGAACUGUCCUACUUGAGCAAGAUGAGAUGGUUUUGGCUUCAUUACCUCCAGCAAUUGUUGCAGAGGCAAAUGCUUUGCGAGAAAGAGCAAGUAGGAGAUAUACAAAUGCAGUACGUUCAAGAACCAUUGCUAGUACUACCCCAGCCGUACCAACUCCUAAGAAACCUACUAUUCAACGUGAUGCAAUGAAACUAGUUGAUACUUCAGGAUUAGCCACAUUGAUUAGAUUAUUAUUCUUACCGCAACCUUUGGGUAAUAAGAACUUACUUCAUAAACUAUUGCUUAAUCUUUGUGAAAAUAGUAAAACUCGUGGCGAGUUGAUUUCGAUGUUACUUUCAGUCCUUUAUGAUGGAAGUGGGGAUGUAGCUGCUGUUGAUAAGAGCUUUGCCCAAAUGUCUUUACGUACAAAAAGCACUUCUAAAGGUACACCAAGAAGGCAGUCAAGUGCACCAAAUCCUUCCCUUGCUCAAAUAACUCAAGCAGCUGGAGAAAAUGUUCCUAAUUUGAUCGCUCAGAGAUGUUUAGAAGCUUUGACAUAUAUUGUAACCUAUAAUGAGGCAUCAGUUACGUAUUUCUUAAUGGAACAUGAAAAUAACAUUGGACUUAAAAGAUCAAAUAGUCGUAAGGGCAAAGAAAAACAAGCAAAAUCCGUUGUAAGCAAAUAUCCUGUUGUGAUACUACUUAGUCUUUUAGAUCGACAAGUCUUUAUCAAAAAUACAACAUUAAUGGAUCAAUUAAUGCACUUAUUAUCAUUCGUUUUACGACCUUUAUCAUCUUUAUCAAAAUCGGAAUCAUCGGCGUCACCUGAUAAAGCAAAUGAAGACGGUUCUUCAACACAAGGCAACAACAAUAAUGAAAGUAAUUCCAAUCAAAAUCCCGAAACUGAAAAUAAUCAAAAUAAUAAUUUAAUUGGACAGUCUAUUCAACUACAACAACAACAGUCCGAUAUUGAACAAAACUCCAAUAAUGUCAAUCAAUCUUCGAAUGCUCCUAAUGAUCAAAAUAAUGCGACAGCUUCUUCAUCAAAGCAAUCAGGAUCAGAAAAACCUCCUGCACUCAAGCCACCUGUUAUACCCGACUAUUGUUUACGCUUAGUAGUGAAUGUCUUGACUGCUGGUGAAUGUACAAGUAAUACUUUCAAAUAUACGCUUUCAGUUAUUCAACAUCUUUCUACAUUAAGUGGAGCCCGUGAUGUAAUAACGUCAGAAUUAGUCGAACGUGCUCAGUUACUUGGAAACGAUAUAUUGGACGAUCUUGAUGAAUUGGCAAAGAUUUUAGAUAAUGCGAAUACUGGCGUGGAUGUGCAAGGAGUCACUCUAUCCAAAUUUUCACCUUCAUCUUCCAAACAAGCCAAAUUAUUACGUGUUCUCAAGACUAUUGAUUAUAUGUAUUCUCGUAAACAACAAUCAAAUACAACUUCAUCAAGUGCACAAGUAGUUUCGUUGGCUCCUACCAUCGAUCCUGAUGAAAUAGAAUCAGUCGCACCACGGACAUUACUAGAUAGUAGCACUCGAAAUGCUAAAUUGACUGAUGAUGAAGCCAAAGUUAUGAAAAUAUAUGAGACUCUCAACUUCACUGAAUUAUGGAAGAGAUUAGGAAAAUGUUUGACCACCAUACAUGAAAAACCAGAUAUGAUUCAUGUGGCAACUGUUCUUUUACCACUUAUAGAGUCUUUGAUGGUUGUGUGCAAAUACGUUGGUAUGACAGCAUCAACAAACCAGAGAAUAUCCUCACCAGGACCGUAUAAUUAUCCUCCUGAAAGCAUGGAAGAUCUAUUCUUUACAUUUACGGAAGAUCAUCGUAAGAUUCUUAAUACAAUGGUUAGGAACAAUCCAUCAUUAAUGAGUGGAUCAUUCUCUUUAUUGGUUCAUAAUCCAAAGAUCCUUGAAUUUGACAACAAGAGGAAUUAUUUCAACCAACAACUUCAUAAACGAACUAAUGCACGGGAACAUUAUGGUUCUUUACAACUUAAUGUUAGACGUCAAUAUGUAUUUGAGGAUUCUUUCCAAAACUUACAAAGAAGAACUGGAGAUGAAAUCAAGUAUGGCAAACUUAGCGUACGGUUCUAUGAAGAAGAAGGUGUUGAUGCUGGUGGUGUAACGAGAGAGUGGUUCCAAGUUCUUGCAAGGCAAAUGUUUAACGAAAACUAUGCAUUAUUCAAAACAUCAGCCGCAGAUAGACUUACUUAUCAACCAAAUAGAGCUUCAGGUGCAAACCCAGAACAUUUAUUAUUCUUUAAAUUUGUUGGACGUGUCAUUGGCAAAGCUAUUUAUGAUGGAAGGCUAUUAGAUGCAUAUUUUACACGUUCUUUCUACAAACAUAUUCUUGGAAAAGCUGUUGAUUAUCGUGAUGUUGAAGCCAUAGAUUUAGAGUAUUAUAACAGUUUAGUCUGGAUGUUGAAUAAUGAUAUUACUGGAGUAGUUGAUCUGACGUUUAGCGUCGAAACCGAUGAUUUUGGUCAAAAGAAGAUUAUUGAUUUGAAACAAGAUGGUAGAAAUAUCUCAGUUACAGAAGAGAAUAAACGAGAAUACGUUAUGCUUGUAACGGAACAGAAACUUACAUUAGCUAUCAAGGAUCAAAUUGAGAACUUCCUUGCUGGUUUCCAUGAAAUUAUUCCAGCACAUUUAAUUAGCAUAUUCAAUGAACAAGAGUUAGAAUUGUUGAUUUCGGGCAUGCCAGAUAUUGAUAUUGAUGAUUGGAAAAAUAAUACAGAAUAUCAAAAUUAUACACCUUCAUCUCCACAAAUACAAUGGUUUUGGAGAGCCGUACGAAGUUUUGAUCAAGAAGAGAGAGCGAAACUUUUACAAUUCGUUACGGGAACUUCAAAGGUACCAUUGGAAGGUUUCUCUGCCCUUCAAGGUGUCCAUGGUGUUCAAAAGUUCCAAAUUCAUAAAGAUUUUGCCAGUCCAGAUCGUUUACCAUCUGCUCAUACUUGUUUCAAUCAAAUAGAUAUACCUGAAUAUGACAAUUAUGAGCAGUUAAGAGCACAAUUAUUAUUGGCAAUCUCUGAAGGAACAACGGGAUUUGGAUUCCAAUAA